AUGACGACCCAAAUAUAUUAUUGGAAUCGUCCAUACCGUCCAAUACCAUCGCGUCAAAGGUCUGGUCCGAUCUCGCCUUUAGCUUUGGAGCUCGACACGGAUACCGAAACAGAAGUUGGGAUACUACUAGAAGACCCUGAUAGGGACGAGGUCAAGGUUGCCGAGAUACCUUCGUCGUUCGCAUCGUUUACCGAUCUGUCCAGUUUUCUUGAUGCAUCAGUCGACGACGAAGUCGACUUUGGUACUACUCCAGUCUCUGUUGUAGGACCUGGUGCACGGGGCUCGUACGACACACUUCAGUCACCUGAUGAUCUCUACGGCUGGGAAGCCGAGCUCGAACGCAAGGUCACGUGUGGUAUUGCCAACACUGAUAUUUGUCGAUGUGACGCAUAUCAGUACGACAGACCGAAUAGUAGCAGCAAGCGGGGGCUGCUUCAUCGUGUCUUUACGUCUGGCCGCAGACCUUCUUCUUGA